AUGUAUCUUGCUUGUGAGAGGAGUGGCCAAUAUAGAGCAACAAAGAAGUUAAAACAUGAUGGCAACAAUACAUCAAGAAUAACCGGUACGAAGAAGUGUGGUUGUCCUUUUGAUAUGAGGGCUCACAGGUUUACCACAUAUGAUGAAUGGACAUUGACUGUAGUAUGCGGAUUGCAUAAUCAUCCACCUGCGGAGCACCUCGAGGGACAUUCAUAUGCGGGGAGGCUAUCAAAGGAUGAGAAAGCAUUGUUAAUGGAUAUGUCCAAGAGCAUCGUUCGGCCAAAAGAAAUCCUAGUAACCUUGAAACAGCGAGAUGCCCUCAAUGUAAGCACACUUAAAACCAUUUACAAUGUACGCCAUCGAAACAGGGUGGUACAGAGAGCUGGAAGAUCACAGAUGCAACACUUAUUGGGUGAAUUGGCCAAGUAUAAUUACAUUGAGCGCCAUCGGUCUGAAGAGUCCACGAUGACUGUGAUUGACUUGUUUUGGGCACAUCCUACCAGUUUGAAUUUGUUACGUGCAUUUCCAAAAUAUGAGAAGGAGGAUAACUAUACAUGGACACUUGGUCUUUUGCGUAAUGUCAUGGAUGAAAAUACUCUUCCUUCUAUUAUUGUCACAGAUAGAGAAUUGGCCCUUAUGAAUGCCAUAUGUAUGGUGUUUCCUGCAACUGAGAAUUUGUUGUGUAGAUGGCAUAUUGGAAAAAAUGUGCUUGCUAAUUGCAAAAAAGAUGUUUGA